AUGCCAGUGGGAAAUGUCAGCUUUGUGAAGGAUUUUGUCAUAGUCGGCUUUCCUGGACUACAGUCUCAUUAUUAUGGCCUCGUAUCAGCCGUUCUGUUUCUUGUUUAUGUGUUUACAAUAGUGGGAAAUGCUGUAUUUUUUGCAUUGUUUGUAAUGACUAGGAGCCUUCAGAAACCUGUUUAUUAUUGCAUUAUAAAUCUAGUUGUGUGUGAUGUACUAUUCAGCACCACAACAUUACCAAAGAUAAUUGGCAGGUACUGGUUUCAAGAUGGAACCAUUUCAUUCUUGGGCUGCUUUCUUCAGAUGUUUUUUGUGCAUUAUUUUGGCUCAGUUACUGCACGUUUGUUGGCUGUAAUGGCUAUAGAUCGCUAUGCAGCAAUCUGUUUCCCACUUCGGUAUCACAGUAUCAUGACAAACAGAAAUGUAUUAAUUCUGAUCCUGGGCUCUUGGUUGUUGGGUUUGAUAGGCCCUUUGAUGAUGAUCAUCCGAGCUUAUCCUCUCCCUUACUGUGCGAGAAACUCCAUUGUGCACUGUUACUGUGAUCAUAUUGCCAUCACAACACUGGCAUGCACUGACAGAGAAGAAUAUAGUUAUCCAGCAUUCAUUCAUGCUAUGAUAGUACUGGGCUCUCUUGCUGUUAUUGUUUUCUCUUACUGUGCCAUUAUUGUGGCAGUUCUGCAUAUAUCGAGUGCUCAAGGAAGGAUGAAGACUUUCUCCACCUGCAGUCCUCAGCUUAUCAUAAUUGCCCUUUUUUUCCUACCCAGAUGUUUUAAUUAUUUGUCUAGCAAUAUUAAUAUAAAAUUCAGUACUGAUUUGCGAUUAGUCAUUAUUAUGAUGUAUAGCCUUUUACCACCCAUGAUCAACCCCCUGAUUUAUUGUUUGAGAACAGAUGAGGUAAAGAAGGUUUUAAUAAAAAAACUUAAAAGGCAAAAAAUAUACAUUAAAUCAGUGAAGACCUGA